AUGGGCGAGCGCGGGCUGAAGGGGCUAGCGCAGGCAGCAGGGGCGAGCGCGGCUGCAGGGGCGAGCGCGGGCUACAGAGGUGAGCGCGGCUGCAGAGGCGAGCGCAAGCUGCAGGGGCGAGCGCGGCUGCAGGGGCGAGCGCAGCUGCGGGUGAGAGCGUGGGCCGCAAAGGCAAGCGUGGGCAGCAAGGGCGAGCGCAUGCUGCAGGGGCGAGCGCGGCUGCAGGAGCGAGCGCGGGCUGCAGGGGCAAGCGCAGAUGCAGGGGCGAGCGUGGCUGCAGGGGCGAGCGGGGGCUGCAGGGGCGAGCGCAGGCUGCAAGGGCGAGCACAGCUGCAGGGGCGAGUGCGGGCUGCAGGGGCAAGUCCCGCCGCGUCGCCCGCAACCCCCGUUGCCUCGUCGCGACGCCCCUGCGAAACCCGCGCGGCGUCGCCCCUGCUCGUCGCGGUGCCCCCUGGACGCCGUCCCUGCUCGUCGCGGCGCCUCUGGGGCGCCGCCCCUGCUCGUCGCGGCGCACCCCCCCUGGCCGCUGCCUCUGCCUCACUUGCGCCCGCGCUUGCUUUGCAGCAGCGCGCGGGCCUGCCCUGCACCAGCGACGCCGCCCCUGGAGCAGCCGCCCCUGGCUCCUGUAGCAGCCGCCCCUGUAGCAGCCGCCCCUGCAGCAGCCGCCCCUGGCCCCUCAAGCAGCCGCCACUGCAGCAGUCGCCCCUGGCCCCUGGAGCAGCCGCACUUGCAGCCGCCCCUGGUCCCUGGAGUAGCCGCCCCUGCAGCAGCCGCCCCUGGCCACUGGAGCAGCCGCCAGUGCAGGAGCCGCCCCUGGCCCCUGGAGCAGCCGCCCCUGGAGCAGCCGCCACUGCAGCAGCCGCCCCUGGCCCUUGGAGCAGCCGCCCCUGCAGCAACCGACCCUGCAGCUGCACGCGACGCCGCUCCUGGACCCUGUGCAGCCGUGGGGGGAGGGUAUGGGGGUGGCGGGUGUGCGGGUGA